AGCAACAUAUAUGACACAAGGCCUUUAUGUGAUGAGUCUGAGGCCUCUCAUUUAAAUCUCUUUGGCCUCUUGAGGCAAGACAGAGUUUAACCUUUUCCUUUUUUGUUUCGUUUUGUUUUGUGUUUUUAAGUUAAGGAUUUUUUUUGUUCUUGGAAUUGUACAAUUGAGUAACAAUAUUAUUCUUAUUGAGGUAACUUCAAGAAUCUGCUGGAAACCUCAAGGUAGUGAAAGCUUUUAUUCUCUUUUUUGGGGGUUAAAACAAGAAGAUGAGAAAGAUAAAGAAACAAAGAGAGAAAAAGAAUAUUUCUUUAUUCACGUGAAGUUAACAUUUUGUAAGUCCAAUUAUAUGAUUCUAGAAGUGAUGAUGCUUUCUCUUUUCCAAUUUUUGCUUAGAACUUUGUUUUGAGUUUAUCAAAUGGUGACCAAAGAAGAAGAUUGUCUUCCUCCUACUCCUCUCACGGAGUUAGAGACUGUUCGAAGCAUAGAAAUCGUCGAAUCUUCCUCUCUAUCUCCCGUUUGGUUACUGGUGAUCUUUUGCAUCAUUAACUUGUUAAAUUACAUGGAUCGUGGUGCGAUAGCGAGCAAUGGUGUAAAUGGAAGUACUAAGAGUUGUAAUGAUAAAGGCAAAUGCACUCUUGCUUCUGGAAUUCAGGGACAUUUUAAUCUAAGUAAUUUCGAAGAUGGUGUAUUGUCAUCUUCAUUUAUGGUUGGGCUACUUAUUGCAUCACCGAUCUUUGCUAUAUUGGCCAAAAGCUUCAAUCCAUUUAGACUUAUUGGAGUAGGUCUUACUGUUUGGACAGUUGCAGUUUUUGGCUGUGGCAGUUCCUUUGCCUUUUGGUUCAUCGUCUUAUGCCGUAUGUUUGUUGGUGUAGGUGAAGCUUCUUUCAUUAGUCUUGCAGCUCCAUUUAUAGAUGACAAUGCUCCUCAGAAACAGAAAGCUGCAUGGCUUGGAAUGUUUUACAUGUGUAUACCAAGUGGUGUUGCUCUUGGUUAUGUCUAUGGCGGAUAUGUCGGGAAACAUUUUAGUUGGCGGUAUGCGUUUUGGGGUGAAGCUGCUUUAAUGGCUCCAUUUGCUGUUCUUGGUUUUGUAAUGAAACCUUUGCAGUUAAAAGGGUUUCCUUCUACUGAAUCGAUAAAGACGGUUAGAUCAAUUGAAGUAAUGACUCCAUCAGUAGGCGCAGAGACAUCGACAAACGAUAAUCAUCUUCAGGUUGGUAAUGAGAUUGAGCAUGAUCAGUUUGAGGUCUCAACUGAACCUAGCAAUCGUAGAUCAAGUUAUGCGAACGCGGUUUUGAAAUCAUUUACUGGAUUUGCAAAAGACAUGAAAGUUCUGUUUAAAGAAAAAGUCUUUGUUGUUAAUGUCUUAGGUUAUGUAUCAUACAAUUUCGUUAUAGGAGCAUACUCAUACUGGGGACCAAAGGCUGGUUACAAUAUUUAUAAAAUGAGAAACGCGGAUAUCAUCUUCGGGGCAGUAACUAUCAUUUCUGGGAUCGUUGGAACAUUAUCAGGAGGCUUUAUACUUGACCGCGUCAGUGCUACAAUUCCAAAUGCUUUUAAGGUAAUGAAAAAGCUUUUCUUACAGUUCUCUGAAUUUUCAGGUUUUUAUCUUUACUCUUGGAUUCAGCUCUUAUCCGGAGCAACAUUUCUCGGGGCGGUAUUUUGCUUCACUGCAUUUACACUGAAGAGUUUAUACGGUUUCAUAGCUCUCUUUGCGUUAGGAGAGUUUCUUGUGUUUGCUACACAGGCUCCAGUGAAUUAUGUGUGUUUGCAUUGUGUGAAGCCAAGUUUGCGACCAUUAUCAAUGGCUAUCUCCACAGUCGCAAUUCACAUAUUUGGCGAUGUUCCUUCUUCGCCUCUUGUUGGUAUCGUUCAGGAUCAUAUCAACAGUUGGAGAAAAACCGCAUUGAUGCUUACAUCAAUUCUGUUCUUAGCUGCUACAAUAUGGUUUACAGGUAUAUUCAUAAACAGUGUAGAUCGGUUCAAUCAAGAAGGAACUGUAGAUGAGAAGAGCCAGAGGACUCGAGAACAUGUAUCUCCAUGAAACUACUUUGUCUAAAUAGGAGUACGUCUGUAUUAAAUUUUUUAACUGUAGAGUCUUGUACAAGUUGUACAAAUGCAAAACAUGUUCUGUUUUUUUUUUAAAACCAUACAAAAAAGGAUCAUAUUUACUCGCAUUAA